AUGCCUAUUGGAUCAUUAAUACAAUCAGCAAUUCUUGAUGUUCUUGAAGAUGAUGAAUUUUGUUUAAAUGAUGAAGAAAAUUAUUUAAUAUUUGACAAUGAUGAUGGCAAGUAUUAUGAUUUUAAAAGUGAAAACGAAAAAGAGGAUUGA